AUGAUACCGUGCGACUGUGGCUCGAGUUACACCGGGGAAACUCGCCGCAACAUCGCAACCAGACUUAAAGAACACAUACGCAGUGUGAAAAACCGGGACACCCAUACAUCGGCGGUAGCUGAGCAUGCUUGUAGCACGGGCACGGCUCACUUCCUCCGUUUCGACAAGGUCUCAGUACUAGCGAGGGAAAAAUACUUCGUACCGCGGAAAGUACGUGAGGCCAUCGAAAUAAGCCGGCGUCCGAACUUCAACAGAGACGGUGGCUGGGCAUUACCACCUGCCUGGAAGUCGAGUCUGAAAUCUGCGUCAGACUGCACUGUUGCGGGUCUGGAGCACAGCGCGGUAUGUAACACUGUUUUAGCGUCGACCCGGGAUUCGAACCCAACACCAACGCAGCUGCAGGCGGGCGAGUCUAGCGUGCCCACAGUGACGCGCAUGCCGUGCGUCUCUGCCAACGUGGCGUUGGCAGAGACGCAGGGCAUCGUGGCGUUUGGAUAG